GGGCUAGUAUAUAAGGCCCCAAGGGUCCAAAGCAGACAUGUCAGUCACCUCGGCUUGGCGUAGGCUUCUCUUCUUGACCAACAACAACCCCACAAAAACUUGAGAGAUGGCACCCAAGAAGGCCAAGAGGAGGCAGCAGCAGGGUGAGGGUGGAUCCUCCAAUGUGUUCUCCAUGUUUGAGCAGAGCCAGAUCCAGGAGUACAAGGAGGCUUUCACAAUCAUUGACCAGAACAGAGAUGGCAUCAUCAGCAAGGACGACCUCAGGGACGUGCUGGCCACUAUGGGCCAAUUGAAUGUGAAGAAUGAGGAGCUGGAGGCCAUGGUGAAGGAGGCCAGCGGCCCAAUCAACUUCACUGUCUUCCUGACCAUGUUCGGCGAGAAGCUGAAGGGUGCUGAUCCCGAGGACGUCAUCGUGAGCGCUUUCAAGGUCCUGGACCCCGAGGCCACUGGAUCAAUCAAGAAGGAAUUCCUUGAGGAGCUCCUGACCACCCAGUGCGACAGGUUCACCCCUGAGGAGAUGACCAACCUGUGGGCUGCUUUCCCCCCCGAUGUGGCUGGCAAUGUAGACUACAAGAACAUCUGCUACGUCAUCACACACGGAGAAGACAAGGAAGAGUAAAACUCGCCAAUCUCCAGAUCUCUACCUCCGUUCAAACCUAUACCCGCCCCACCAUCUACCCACUCCAUCUUGUCCAAAGCCGUGCUUCCUUGCACACUCUCGCGCCCUGGCCUGCUCUUCCCACUUGCCAAAUCACUACGAAAAGACUUGUCUCCUUUAUUGAGACACUCAGUGAGAGGACUGAAAGCCGUGGGGGUGUUUGUGUGUGAGUACCAACGGGGGAACAUGGGAUUAUUUUCAAUAAAAAUAAUCUUGUGAUACUGAAACACUCUCUCUAUCUCUGUCCCUGCCUCUUGUUCCUUCUCCUUUCCCCCCCCCAUUACUCAUUCUGUCCUCCUGUGUUAAGACCAAUAGUGCAUGCAUCAUAUCUACGUCAACAUUGUGUAUGCAUAUGCAAUCCAGUGUUCAGUCAAAACGUCUCUUGGGUGCUGUGGUGCAUGCACAGUCACUUACUUGAAACAAGUAAGCAGUCUGACCCAAAUGGUCUAUUAGUCUCAACCUGACACAGAGUAUUUAAUGGAUUUGUGCCUUUGCUUUAUAUUGCAGGGGAGAGCACAGUAAAAGAGUGGGAGUACUGUACUAUAAUAGUUUGCCUACCCCUCUCUUUUUAAUGUCUCCUCCUCUAUUAUGCACAGGUAUUAAAGGAAACGUUGCAGUGCAAGGAGGAAAGCUUGAUUUUUAUUAGAAUCUUGUAAGUAGUGAAAGAGAUGGCGAAAGAUGGUGAGUGGGAGGAAGUGAAGAGACAAGCAAAAGUAAAACAUCUUUGUUUUGACUCUUAUCCCCUCCUGCUCGCUACUGUUUCUCUCCUGUUGUGUGACUGUGUCUAUGUCUCCACUGUAACGAAUAAAGAAGUACAAAUAAAAUCCAA